CAGUCGAGUCCCGGCCUCAGGUCGCGACGGGUGUUCAGUUCACAGGCGAGAGCCGUGGCGCGCGGUUCGCUCGUGUCGUAGUGUCGUCGUCGUUGUUGUCGUCGUUGUUGUCGUUAUCCUUUUCGUCCUUGACGUUGUCGCGUCGUCGUCUAUCGUUGUGUACUCUCUUUCUCUUUAACUACUUCGUAUGAUCGCACACGUUAUUUUUCUCGGUUCAACGAGCUUCUCUUUUACGAUCGUAUCUAAAGUCGUAUCUACGGGAACGACUCGGACCCUCUACGCGUUACGUCUCCUCUGCUCUUUCCUCAUUCUCUCGUUAAAUAAGAAAAGAAAAAUUCUUUUCUUUCUUAGACGAGAGGAAAGAGAAAGAGAGAGGGAGAGAGAGGGAGAGAGUACGAAGAAGGACCAAAGUGAUAUUUUCCUUUUGAAAAGUUUCCACGUGUGUGAUUAUUAAUCAAAGAUUUUGAUCAGUGUUUUCUUUUUUUUUUUACGUCGGACAUAAAGAUCAGAGUGCACGGAAACGUGUUAAUUUUGUUCGAUUUGUGAAGGAGAUCGAAAACGAUCGAAGGAUUGAAACUUCGAACCGAGAUAAACGGAAGAGGUUCUUGAGAGAAUCUGUGUGCGAAAAAAGUGGCAACUUUGACCGAUAUCCGUAUUCGCGUGGACGCUCUUUCGAACGGGAUACGUUCGUAUAUCGGUUUUUCUUUUGGUGCGUGUUUUUCUUUUUUUUUUUUUGUUAUUUUUCCUCCUCUCUUUCUCAUUUCCUCUUUCGCGUGUGACAGUGACGAUACAGUGUGUGCGGCGUAAAGUAGAGAAGCGAUAAAAAAGGAAAAAGGGAGGAGAUCACGAGAUAGAUAGAACGUGAUCGGAGAAACUUUUCAACGGUGGAAUUAUCCGAGAAAGGAGGCUACGUAAGGAGGAGAAAGAGGAGGGAAAAGGACGAAGGAAGAAGCCGACUGUUAAAAACCGAAAGCAAGAACGCGAAAGCACUUCUUACCAAGUGAUGCACUGAAGCAGAUCGUCGUUUCGUAAAAGAGAGAGAGGAAAAAAAGAAGAAGAAACAAUGAAAUUUUUGGCGCUAUCGUUCCUUCUUUUCCUCCUUAACAACGUUUUCUGCGUCGAGUGGAAACACAGCGCGAUCUUGGACAAUAAUUUUCUCGUUCUCUGGACGCCAGGCGACAAGGAAGUAACUUUUGAGAUUCAAGUGAAGACACUCGGUUAUGUCGGGCUCGGUUUCAAGAAGGAGGACGGUCGAGAGGGAGCCGACAUGGUCAUCGGUUGGGUGGACAACAACGGUCAGGUUCAUCUGCAGGAUCGACAUAUGAAGGAUGUGAGCAAGGAUCCAGAGGUGGAUUCGAGCCAAGAUUAUCGUCUCCUAUUGGGUUACGAGAACAAGACGCACACCGUGUUACGUUUCAGCAGAAGAUACGACACAUGCGACUCCAGGGAUCUCAAGAUCACGAAUGAUACGAUGCAAGUGGUUUGGCAGUAUCACGCGAAGGAACCCGCUUCGGUGGCUGGUGUUCUGCCUGGUCAUGGUGCGGUAAGAGGAUCUAGACCGUUGUAUCUAGUUCAGAGAGAUACACAGCCGAAACGCUCGUCUCACAAUCAGGAGAGCGAGCCCGUUCUGAAGACCUGGGACGUAUUAAAUCAGCAGGUCAUAUUGCCAAGAGACAAGGACUCGUUACUUUGGUGUCGAGUAAUAAAAAUGCCAAACAUCAAUCGCAAGCAUCACGUUGUCAAGUACGAGCCGGUCAUCGAACCCGGGAAAAACACGUACUUGCACCACAUGACUCUGUACGAGUGUCCUAUUAAUAAUCUUCAGCUUGAAGAAGCUUCGAAAACAACUGGCAGUACUUGUUACAAAGACGACAACGCAACGCAAUGUAACACGAUUGCUGCUACAUGGAGCUUGGGAUCCGAGGGCUUUAAUUAUCCGCCCGAGGCUGGCUAUGCUUUGGAUCCUGACAACGGUUCGCGUUACUACAUGCUCGAGACUCAAUACAUCAAUCCUCAGCAAUUAGUAAACGACAACUUGGUAGUCAGUGACAGCUCGGGAUUGAGAUUGUAUUACACCGAUCAACUGAGACUUCACGACGCCGGAAUUUUGAGCAUAGGUAUUGAUCCUAAUUGGAGGCACAUUAUACCACCCGGACAGCCCGAAGUCGUCUCCGAAGGUCACUGCAUAGCCGAGUGUACCGGACAAACUAUACCUAAUAGCGGGAUAAACAUGUUCGCGGUGAUUAUGCAUACCCAUCAGCUAGGAAGGAAGAUCAGAUUCAGACAGAUUCGUGCUGGAGAGGAACUUCCUCCGAUCGCAUCGGACACCAACUACGACCCUACUUAUCAAGAGUAUCGCAAGCUUCAACGUCCCGUUAAAGUUUAUCCGGGCGACCACUUAGUCGCGGAAUGCACGUACUCGUCCGAGUCCCGUUCGACUAUUACGCUCGGAGGUUUGAUGACGAGACAAGAAACUUGCCUGGUAUCCGCUCUUUAUUAUCCUCGGAUCGAACUAUCGAUCUGCUACUCUUUGCCAUCUUUGCCGACCGUCCUGCAAAGUCUCGGCGUCCAGAAAGUCAUUCAAGACUCGACUUUAGUGAAAAUCCAGGAACCUAAGAGCCUUUCCGGGAUGACCUUGGAAGAUCGUCUUAUAAGCUACGACUGGGAGACGAGCUUCCAAAGCUUCCAAGAAGCUACCAGAGUCGGUACGUUCAUGCCGCUAUGUUGGACCAGCAAGGGUGUCCUACAGGGGACGGAGUCGCUGGUAGCGCACUACCCGCGUAUUCUCUACUCCUACGAAGAGUCCAAUUUAGCUUGCUCGGACAUGGGCUACCCGAUGGACGCUGAGAGCGACGAAGCAAACGCGGUCGAACGUGGACAGUUGGUACGAAGCAAGGUAUCGAGAAGUAGCGAAGGACCAACCGCUGCAAGUUCCCCUUCGAUUUCUGGCCCAUACUCCUUGCCACUGAUCCUCGGCACGACCCUUUUGGUAGGACUCGCGGUUGGACUUAGGUGAACUAUCCUGAUCGGAAUUCGCGCGAUCGUCCCAAAUUCGAAGAGGCACUUUCGAGGAUCCGCGGUGUGAGAAAUAAAUAAAGGCGAAAGAAGGGGUAGACGCGAGCCAAGGCGAAGCUGGAGAGGAAAGAUGAGAAGAAGGAGAGACUUCUUCCGCCUUUGUCACUCGCUCUUGGAUCUUCGAUCGGGCUCUCUCAGAGACGGGAUUCGGUUCUGCUCCGUUCGAUACCGUUUCCGUAUCCCUCUCUCCCUAUCUCUUGUGGAUCGAGCUAGCGCGGAUCAUCGCGGAUGCGUGAGAUCGCGUGCACCGUGAGUACAUGCCACGGAUCGUCCUGGCACUUGUCGCUUAAGUUUAAGACGCGUUAAGAACACGUUUCUUCUCGACGUUUAUCCUUUGCGAUGAGAAACGGCUCGAGCUUUUACACCUUUCGGGGAAUAAUUUGUCAAACUAUCUUUCUUUUCGAACUUCUUUAUUCGUCGCGAAGAAAGUGCCCAUGAUUUUCCUUCUUUCUGUUUACUGGCUCAAACUUUCCCACGAAUCGAAGCUCGAGUCGAUAAAGAAAAUUUUAAUAUCGCACGGAUCUCGUUACGAUCGCGUUCUUUUAACCGUUGACGGACUUACGCUCCUGCGAUAUUAUCGCGUGGAAUUUUUCGCAAAAGAAUCGAAUACCUUUCGGUCGUGAGAGAGCGAUGUCGGAAAACCAAGAAAAAUUCUCCAUGAAUAUCCGAUAUUUUCAAAGGGCUUUAGUUUUCUAUUCCGAGGAGACGAGAUAAACGUCGAUAAAAUUCAAGAAUUUCUUAUUGGAGAAGACCCUAAGAAAUGGAGAAAAAGAAAAAUUUAUAAAACGCAACAUUUAUUUUCCCCGUUUUUACGACGUAAAACGCGCCGAGAAUAGAGAGAAAAAAAAAGACCGAGACGAAGCUUUCACUCUUUUAUUUUAUUCCGCUCAAGGAAAUUUCUGAGAUAGUUACUUUGCAGCUCCUUCAUGAGGAUGAUUGCAUAACGCAUGCAGAAACAACGUGCAACGUACAGGUACUUCCUUAUUUCAGAGCCAAGCCAACUUUCGAUUCUUCUUCUACGUAGUACCUUGCGUAAUGUCCUGAUCGAAGAAAAUCACCGAUGGGCUAGCAUACGUAAAAACGCGCCGAUGUAUUUUCCGAUUCCUCCUAGACGAGCAAGAAAACUCGUAGAGAAAUACCUCGAAUCGAAUCGAGUUUUCUUAAAAAAGCUCUCUCACGCAAACACAAACUUUUUUAUUUCCCUUCCCUUUGAAAUAUCUACCUCUCCCUCUUGCUAGCUUUUUUUAAUUGGAAUUUUUGCUAAUUUUUUUAAUUGGAAUUCAUCGACGACGCAAAAAGUUUCCUCGAAACGUCCCGUAAGCGGCGACGAUGACAAAUUUUCAACGUAAAAGCUUCGACAUUCGAUACGAUCACGACGACGCGAAUUCGUACGAUCUCGAUCGAAAAGACCAAAAGGUAUUCUAAGCGUAAGGAGAUCCGCCGUAGUCUCUCUUAAAUUCGUUUCCUUUUUAUAGCUUCUUUGAAAGAAGUAUCGAGAUAAAGAUUAUUGUUGAUUGUUUAUUUACCGAUUCGGAAGUCGAACAAAAUAUCUCUCUAAUCUCUUUACCAUAUGAGAACGCAGCUUUUCAUUCGGUAGAUCUACUUUUCGUAACGUUGCGAUUCUCUCGCCACUUACGUUUCUCGCCUCGAUUCGUUCGACUUCCGACUCACGAUUGUAUAUUUUGUUAAUUAGGCUACGUUGAUAAAUGAGUUUUUAUAAGAUCGUAUAAACAUUGGUUGAUUUACACGCACGAUCACACAAGUACACUCGCGUAAACACAUAGACACACGACGCAGGGCGAUGUUUUCUACUUUGUAAGCUCUUUCGUGUACCUCGUUAUACGUUAUUUUUUGUUAACUCUCGUGUUACUUAACCAACGUUUAUAUACGGACAUAUACACGAAUGAUAUAUGCAUAUAAAUAUAUAUAUAUAUAAAUAUAUAAAUAUAUAAAUAUAUAUAUAUAUAUAUAUAUAUAUAUAUAUAUAAAUACAAAUAAGAAGUGAAAGACGAUUAUCUAUUCGACGACUCUGUGUAACAUUCUGUACAGUUUAUUAAUUAUAUGUAAUAUUGUUAAAUGCGCUUUCCACGUGUUCGACGUGUCGGACGAACGAAUUAUUAUUUAUUUCUUAUUUAAUUGUAAAAAGUAAACAAAAGAAGGGGAAGAAGAGGUUAACGGAUUUGCGAUGUUUGACAAUUAUUGAAUAGCCACUGAAAACACGUAACACGCGUCGACACAAUCCACAAAUACUCUUCGCGAAUUUAUUCGUACCUAGGGAAGAAAGCGUGUACCUUUUCCAUCCGUUUACCAUCCCUUAUGUCUUUCAAUGAUCGUUCAUUCAAAUUUAUAGCUCACGCUUAUCCGGUGUAUGCGAGUUCCUGACGCAUAUUUGAAAAUUAAUUUUUAGCAUAUUUCAUGCGUCAACUAUUCGUCCACCCGACGUAUUUCGAUCUAUUAAAUUAGACAAAGUAAAAGAAUCUCCUUACUCGUUCGUCGGUAGGAUUUAAUAUCAAUAGGAUGAGAUUAAAUGGAAGUAAUAACGAGUAUGAUUAUUGCAAUCGUUUUUCAAAGAAAAUAUUUUCUUGCGUUUUGGAUUGCAUUUUGAAAAGAGUUGUCCGGAAUCAGUUUUAAUCUUUUGGAUAGAAUGUAAUCGUUCUAAAUAGUAAUAAUUAUAAAUAAAUCCAUGAGAAAGACUAACUUUCGAAAUUGCCAAGAGAUAUCCUAAAGCACGAAAAUCGAACAAAGAUUUUAAGAGGAGAAAAUUUUAUACGGAUUCAUUGAUACUAAGUGGACAUGAAUCGAAGCAAGCGAUCGAGCUCGAAUUAGCGAAAACGGAAAAAAUAAAAAAGUAAUCACAUUGAUUUAUUCUCCUUGCUUUCAAUCCUUGCUCAUGCACUUUAAAAAAAAAAAAUUAGGAUCCUAAUUAAUCGAACUAGAUCAAUAUGAUACACGUAGCGAGACGUUUUGCAAUUUAAUACCACGAUUAUUCGUAAAUGUUAUAGGAAAAUCUAUGUAUGUAGUAAAGGUACUACUUUUAGGGCAAUCAUGUGAGUGUCUCUCUCUCUCUCUCUCUCUCUCUCUCUCUCUCUCUCUCUCUUUCUGUCUCUCUAUCUCUAUCUCUAUCUUUUCUCACCAUCUUUCCAUUGCGAUCGAGACGUUGCUGGAGGAAAAACUGCCAAUUUCUUUUUUUUUAACAACUACAAAUGUUAAUUAUCAACGACGCAAAUAUUUUUGUUAUAAAUGACAAUGGGAUAAAGAAGACCGAUCUAUAUCUAUAAAUCGAUCGAAUCUAUUCUAUGUUUUUGGAUUCUCUUCUCCUAUUACUUCAAUUACUAAUCUGUGUACGGCACGAAGGAAAGUCGAUAAAGAAAUUCGCAAAGGGCGAAUUUUUCGAGCACCAGCUCGUUCGAAUUUAGUGCUACGAUCUUUUAGAAAAGAAAGGAUUGCGUUUAGAUGAUUCCUCGGCUCGAGGAGAUAAGCAUUGCGAUAAGCUGCCGGUGAUAUGAUCAGAACAAUCAAGAAAAGUUUAAGAUGGAAAUAAAAGCGAUAAUUAGGCGAAUCUCUAGAGAAGAAUAUUUACGUAUUUAUACUCGAAUCAUCCUUGCAUCGUGUGUAUGUUUAGCUCGUUCUUCGUCACGAUUUCUGCCAUUUAUCGCGAUCUCGCAAAAAACGUUCGUAAUUACGAGGACACUGGAUUCGGAGAACGAUAAGCUCUUAAGCAAAAAUUUCAAUACAGUGUCUAUAAGAAGAAAUUAAUCGUUGAGCUUUGAAAUUCAGAAAAUGAAUAUCGGUUGAUGGAAGCGACUAUGAGAGAGUCGAUUGGUACUCUUAAAUUCAAUAUUUCUUCGUUCGAAAAUCGAAAAAUGAAUGAUCGAAGAAUGCAUGUUGGAAACCAUCUACCAGGUGUUUCAGCGAGAACGCGAUGAACGAAAGAAAUCUUCAAAAAUUGUAUGUACUGUAUGUAGAACGAUGUAGCUCUUAUCACACAGAAUGCUACCGACGCCUAUUAGUGUGUUAUGGAUAAUAAAAUAUAUGCAAAAAAAUAAAAUAAAAUAAAAAAAUAAAAAUAAAAAGAAACGAAGAAACUGAUGUAUCUCGAACGAGGAAACAUUUCACUUGUGCGCGAACGACGUCAAGUAAGGAUAACGGAGCGAAUAGCAUGUGCGCGUGUAUAUAGGUACCCUGUAUAUAGUUUUAGACUUAAAUAAUAACGUCCGAAAAUUCCAAAAUAGGCGAGCCCCCUAUCCUUUACACACGUAACACAGCUGCAUACAUGAACACGUUGGUACACACUCGACUCUAAUUCCGAUUGAAUAGCUAAAUAUAGAUAUCUUGUAUCUUUAUAAUUUACGUUAGUAUAUACCGAUAUAUAGGUAAAUACAUAUAUAUAUAUAUAUAGGUACAUAAGUGUGCGCUCGCGUGGAUGUGUGUACACUGUACAUAUAUGUAUAGGUAUACGUACGCCUUCGUACGUUUAAUAUACCUAUGUACGUAUUUGACACACUGAUCACGGAUACACUCACGCAUACACUCAUACAAUCUCGAGAGAACCCAAUCUUCUCCUUAUAUUGCUCUUACAAUUAGAUUUAUACCUUACCCAUAAUAAACACACGAUAUUGACGACAUCUAAAACGCUACACUAUCAUCUACUCUGUAACACACAAAUUGUAUUAUAUUUUAUAUAUAUAUAUAUAUAUAUAAAUAUGUAAAUGUUUUUCUAUAACAA